AUUUUCUAAUUGAAAUCUAUUAUUGUUUUCUUUGUAGUUUCGUGCAUUUUUUCGUUUGCUGGUAUUGACUGGGUUUAUCUCCAUUUUUUGGAUCGAUGGUUACAUCUAUUGUGAAAUCCAUCAAUUUUCUACAUUUGAAUUCCAGAGAACAAAUCAUCGUUUCGGAUUUUUGUUUGAGUUGCGCCCUUAAAUCAUGGCAAGAUUUGCACGACUUCGGCUCAAUUGGAGCUUCCGGGUCUGAAAGGGGUAAAAGUUUGGCAUUUUUUCAAGGUUGUUGUUGUUGAAUCCUAUGGUACAGAGAAUGAUUGGGAUGGGAUCAUCGAGGGCGUGUCUGGGCGGUUCUGAAAUUCAGGAAAGAUAGGAGCUUUAAGCCUUUAAGGUUUAAUUUCGUUUGAUUUUAGGUUUUGAUGGGGAACACAUGCGCCGGGCCCAAAUCGGGGACGGGGACGGGGAACAAUGGGUUCUUGCAAUCCGUUUCUGCGGCGGUUUGGAAACCCAAUGAGAUCGAUGGCGGUUGUUCUUCCGGAACCACCGCCCCCGCGCCGCUCAAAAUCGCCGGCGAGGACAAUAAGAACAAGUCGCAUAUCAAGAAAGUGGCCAGUGCUGGGCUUCAAGUCGAUUCGGUUCUAGGGCGAAAAGCGGCAAAUAUAAAGGACACUUACGUUAUAGGGAAGAAGCUAGGGCAAGGGCAAUUUGGGACAACAUUUCUGUGUAUGGAAAAGGCCACUAAGAAGGAGUUUGCCUGCAAGACCAUUGCCAAGAGAAAACUGACAACUGAGGAGGAUGUGGAGGAUGUUAGGAGGGAGCUUCACAUAAUGCACCACUUGGAAGGGCAUCCCAAUGUGGUACAGAUCAUGGGAGCUUAUGAAGAUGCUGUUGCAGUUCAUCUUGUGAUGGAGGUUUGCUCUGGUGGAGAGCUUUUUGAGAGGAUUAUACAGAGAGGGCAUUAUACAGAGAAGAAGGCUGCUCAGCUUGCUAGGGUAAUUAUAGGUGUUGUAGAAGCAUGCCAUUCAUUAGGAGUUAUGCAUAGGGACUUGAAGCCUGAGAACUUUCUUUUUAUCAGUGAGGGAGAGGAGGCGCCGCUCAAGGCCAUUGAUUUUGGGCUCUCAGUGUUCUUCAGGCCAGGCGAAAUAUUCACUGAAGUAGUUGGGAGCCCUUAUUAUGUAGCCCCAGAGGUCUUGAGGAAGCAAUAUGGGCAAGCUUGUGAUAUUUGGAGUGCUGGAGUUAUUAUUUAUAUUUUGCUAAGUGGGGUGCCACCAUUUUGGGAUGAAACGGAGCAAGGAAUAUUUGAACAGGUUUUGAAAGGGAAUCUGGAUUUUGUAUCUGAACCUUGGCCAAAUAUAUCAGAUAGUGCAAAAGACCUUGUCAAAAAAAUGCUUAUUAGAGACCCCAAAAGGCGCCCAACAGCCCAUGAAAUCCUUUGCCACCCUUGGGUGCGAGUUGGCGGUGUAGCUCCAGAUAAACCUCUAGAUUCUGCUGUUCUGAGUCGACUCAAGCAAUUUUCUGCAAUGAACAAACUGAAAAAGAUAGCCAUCAGGGUUAUUGCUGAGACUCUAUCUGAAGAGGAAAUAGCAGGACUGAAGGAAAUGUUCAAAAUGAUAGACACAGAUAACAGUGGACAAAUUACGCUAGAGGAGCUUAAAAAGGGCUUGGAAAGAGCAGGCGCCAAUUUGCAGGACUCGGAAAUAUAUAGUUUAUUGCAAGCUGCAGAUACUGACAACAAUGGUACCAUUGACUAUGGAGAAUUCAUAGCAGCCAUGCUCCAUCUGAACAAAAUCCAGAAAGAGGAUCACAUGUUUACUGCAUUUUCCUAUUUUGACAAAGAUGGGAGUGGAUACAUUACACAAGACGAGCUUCAACAAGCCUGCGAAAAGUUUGGUCUGAUGAACGCCCCCAUUGAAGAAAUUUUAAGCGAAGUUGAUCAGGAUAAUAAUCUGGCAGUGAGCACUACUGGAUGUCUGGAGCAUUACAUAUCUAGUUUUAUCAUUUAUGGCAGUGAGGUAGUUAGCUAUUUGGACUUUGGAGCAUUACUUAUGUAG